AGCCGUGAGACUAAUUAUUUGUUCCUCUAUCAGCGAUAGAAAACUGACUACAGAAUUUACUUUAUUCAUCAGAGACGAAAUCAAAUCCGACCUCUUGCUUAAAGAAUAUGACUCUGAACCACCAUGUCAACUCUAACUCUGUGAUUAAAAACUGUUGGUCAUUAAAUGGUGGUUCCAAAUUCCAAUAACGAUUUCCUCAAGGUGUAAAAUUGAAGUUGAUGGGAACAAAGUCUUUUAUCUUCUUCUUUUUUUCCCCUCCUAAAUUUCUUUAAUUGGGAAAGUCCCAUGUAACAUUUGACGAAAUUGUUGCUUCUAGAUGUAAGUUCAAUUUAGAAGAAAUUGAAGAUGCAAGUUCAAUUUAGAAAAUUCCUGUGCUUGCAUAAUCCAGUUUCCAGCUAACUAUUUUCUUUCCUUUUGUCUCCCCCAACCCCCCACCCCUUUCCAAACACCCCCCACCCAUGUCAUCUUACCUUUUCCCAAGAAUCGGCAAAUUUUUGGAUUUAGCAUCUGGAGUAUCAAAGUCUUUCAAGUAACUUGCUCGUCUUGUUUUUUCACUUCCUUAAAAGGGGCACUUUUUUGGGCUUUUGCAUCAUUCUUUUGGUAUAAAAGGGGUUGUAGCUAGUAGCUCAAAAGCCAUAGUAGCUUAAUCAAGAUUACAAAUUUUGUGUUUGAUUUUGCUCCAUGAAUGGUUAAAGAAAGUAUCUUUGGAUAGUUUUUCUUGCUGUUCAAAAGGUACAUUUAUUGAGCUUUUGCAUCAUUCCUUUAGCAAUUCUUGAUUUUUUCAAUUUCUCAUUGUUGUUGCUCAAUCAAGACUACAACUUUUUGUUUGAUUUUGCUUUAGAAAUGGUUAAAGAAAGCUUCUUUGGAUGAUUUUCUUGUUGUUCAAUGGUACAUUUAUUGGGCUUUUGCAUCAUUUUUUUGGUAAUUCUUGAAAAGGGGUUGUAGCAAAUAGCUGUUAGUUCUUGAUUGUUCAGUUUAUUGUUGAAAAGUCUUAGUAAUUGGGAGUUGUUGCUUAAUCAAGAAUCAAGAAAGCUUCAUUUUUGGAUAAUUUCUUAGUAGGGAAUUGUUUUCUUCUUGUUCAAAAGAGUUGAGAAGGGUAAAAAGUAGAUUCAGUUUGAGGAGAUAUACAAUGAAGGAUUUUGCUGGCACACCUGGUACUUUAACUGGGCUUUUUCUGAGGAUGGCUCAGUGCUUUUUUGCUGCUGGUGCAAUUGCCGCAAUGGUUACUUCUAAAGGUUUCUUCAAUGUCACAGCUUUUUGCUACUUAAUAGCCUCAAUGGGUUUGCAAGUCAUCUGGAGCUCCGGACUUGCCUUUAUGGAUGCCUAUUUCUUGGCAAAGAAGAAGUCAUUCCACAAUCAUGUUUUACUGAGCCUCUUCGUAGUUGGAGACUGGUGUACAGGAAUGCUCUCGCUUGCUGCAGCUGCUUCUUCAGGUGGUGUAACAGUGUUGUACUUUCGUGACUUGGGAGGUUGCAGUUUCGGCGAGGAAUGCACCAAGUUCCAGUUAUCCGUCGCGUUUGCUUUCCUCAGUUGGAUAUCGAUUUAUAUAUCUUCGCUAAUUAUGUUUUGGAUAUGGGCUGCGAGUUAGACGAUUUCUGUAUGGUGCUGCAUUCAUCUGUUGCCAUGGUCUUUUGUUACUGUCCAAUUUUGAAGUGUGAAAAGGAAAAAAUAUAGGGUUUAAGAGACUGUUCAUUUUGUAUACUGACACACCUACUGUAAUUGGUCAUUUGAAGUUAAUUGAGGAAGGCCUUUUGAUUA